ACGUGGUUUUCGGCUUUCACCCGGAAAGCCCGGCGUUCGCAGCGCGCGGAGCCGGCGUCGCGUCGGCGCGCUCCGGACUGUCUUGAGGGAGGGGUGGUGGUCACGUUGGCCCCCGCGGAGCCGCUCGCUGUCUGUCUCCGGAGCGGCGGGGAGGAUGGUGCGGGGCAGCCCGGGACCCGCCGCGCGCCGCCGCGAGUGAGCAGGGCCAGGCCGCGGGCGUCCGCGGAGCCGCCGGUCUGUGAGGCGGUUGCAGCUGAUGAGAAGCAUGUUCAGCAUUAACCCCCUGGAGAACCUGAAGCUGUACAUCAGCAGCCGGCCGCCCUUGGUGGUUUUUAUGAUCAGUGUCAGCGCCAUGGCCAUUGCCUUCCUCACCCUGGGCUACUUCUUCAAGAUCAAGGAGAUUAAGUCCCCAGAAAUGGCUGAGGAUUGGAAUACUUUUCUGCUGCGCUUUAAUGAUUUGGACUUGUGUGUAUCAGAAAACGAGACACUGAAGCAUCUCUCCAAUGACACCACCCCCCCUGAGAGCACCAUGACCAUUGGGCAGGCCAGAUCAUCCACCCAGCCGCCCCAGGCCCUGGAGGAGUCAGGCCCCAUCAAUAUCUCAGUGGCCAUUACCUUGACCCUGGACCCUCUCAAGCCCUUUGGAGGAUACUCUCGAAACGUCACACACCUGUACUCUACCGUCCUUGGACAUCAGAUCGGACUCUCAGGCAGGGAAGCGCACGAGGAGAUCAACAUCACCUUCACCCUGCCUGCUGCCUGGAAUGCCGACGACUGUGCCCUCCAUGGCCACUGUGAACAGGUGGUGUUCACAACCUGCAUGACCCUCACAGCUGCCCCUGGAGUCUUUCCUGUCACCGUUCAGCCACCUCACUGUGUCCCUGACACAUACAGCAACGCCACACUCUGGUACAAGAUCUUCACAACUGCCAGAGAUGCCAACACAAAAUAUGCUCAAGAUUACAAUCCUUUCUGGUGUUACAAGGGCGCCAUCGGAAAAGUCUAUCAUGCUUUAAAUCCCAAACUCACCGUUAUUGUUCCAGAUGACGACCGUUCAUUAAUAAACCUGCAUCUCAUGCACACCAGUUACUUCCUUUUCGUGAUGGUGAUAACGAUGUUUUGCUACGCAGUUAUCAAAGGCAGACCCAGCAAAUUGCGUCAGAGCAAUCCUGAAUUUUGUCCUGAGAAGGUGGCUUUGGCUGAUGCCUAAUCCCAUGGCUCCCCAUUUUCUGAGAGACCAAGAACCAUGAUCAUUGCCUGCUGAACCGGCCAGGGCCUGGCCACUCUGUGAAUACACGAUCUUGCAAUGUUGGGUUAUUCCAGCCAAAGACAUUUCAAGUGCCUGUAACUGAUUUGUACAUAUUUAUAAACAUUGAUCUGGAAAUUGGUCCUGUGAUGCACGUGCUUUGCCCUGGAUGCAGCCUGAACCCGUCACCCUCACUCUGGGGGCAGGAGGGCACGGACACGGGGUUCUUCUGUGUAGUGCCGGGAGAUGUGGGGAUCUUGUCAGAGCUGAGCAGGUCAUGUUCCAGUGCCAGUGGGGCCGAGGUUUGCUGUGGUUCUUGUUUCAGCCUGAUGUGUUCAGUGUUGGAAGCGGUUUGCACCUUUGUUGGGAUGCUGCAUUGCAGAAGCCACCAUUCCCUCCUGUGGCUCUUAAAUGUCCGUGGCUUCAUGAUCAUAGUGACAGCUGUAAUACCUUUCUUUUCUGUUUGCUUGCAAGGAAAUUCCCCCCCCCUUUUUUUUUAAAGAAAAAAUAGUCACAUUUUACUAUUCCUCUAGUUAGGGUAGACGUGUUUGUCUGUCCUAGCUAAAAGGUUACGCAUCUAAAAGUCACUUAGGUAGUAAAGAUCAAAGUGUCAUUUUCUACACCGGCAGGUAGGAACUGGAGUGCUCUGCUGUUGUCUGCCCCUGGUAGAGAAGUCACUAGCUUCAGAAGUAGCUGUGUAGUAGAGGCCCAGGGAGGGCUAACUUCCACAACGCAGGGCAUGUUACUGAAAGAAUGAACGGUGGUUUGGUCUAACAGUCACAAACAGGAGGUCUUGCUUGGUGUGUGUGUGUGUGUGUGUGUAUGUAUGUGUGUAUGUAUAUGUAUGUGUGUAUGUAUGUAUGUAUGUGUGUUUGUGUGUUUGUUUUUAAGGAGAUGUGUUUUCUUUUUAAAUUUUUUUUUUUGCAUUCAUUUUUGUACACCACAUAUCUUCAGAUAGAAAAUGGAUGUUAGGAGAUGUGUAAUGUGGAAAUGAUGCUGGUGAGAUCUGAAAGAAGGCAUGAGGUUCUGAUGCCUAUUGACUGAGCAAUACCGGAAGCAUUUUGAUGCUUUUGACCAUCUGGUUCCUCUGUCCCUUUGCCCUCUCAUAUUCCAUCUAAAAAAACAUCAUCUCUUCCACUCCCUAUUACUUGUAUUUUCAGUUUCUAUCAACGCUUUGCCUUAACAACUCUCAAGUUGCAGUGUUCUCUCAAUCAGUGUUCCAGACUUGCUGGGUGUGGGGAUGCAUGCAUGUAUGCCUAGCACUUUGGAGGCUGAGGCAAGGAAUCUCAAGUUCAAGGCCAGCCUGGGCUACAUACCGAUACUCUAUUUCUCAAGCAGGAAGAAAUACUUAGGUAUGUCAGCACUUUCGUUCCAUAACUGUAGGUCUAUAGUCUGUCUCAACUGGAGUUAACUUGAUGUUUUCUGAAACUUACUGGCCUAGAGAAUUUUAUCCCAGGCAUUCUUUAAUGGAAAACAGUAGGGUUUUUUUUGUUUGUUUUUUGUUCUUUUAGUUGAAGAUUGUUAAUCAUUAUAGUUAUAUGAUGCAUUAGUUUCUUUUUUAAAACCAGUGGUGAGUUGCUUAUAAGAUGGCUAAUGUGGGCCGGGCAGUGGUGGCGCACGCCUUUAAUCCCAGCACUCGGGAGGCAGAGGCAGGCGGAUCUCUGUGAGUUCGAGGCCAGCCUGGUCUAUAGAGAUCCAGGACAGGCACCAAAACUACACAGAGAAACCCUGUCUCAAAAAACAAAAAAAACAAACAAAAAGAUAGCUAAUGUGUGAAGUUCAUUUAGUCUUCACUUUAAGUGAGACCCUUGUCAGGCAGGAUGAAAAAAAAGCCACGUGACUUGGCUGGUAUAACUGUGUCAUUGGGACCAUCAAGUUUCAGAUUAAGCUGAGUAAUAAAGCCCAGUGAAGUGGAGUGAAACAGUUGGGAAGUGUCACUUCCACUGGCCUGUGCAGCUCAGCUGUGUUCCUCUUAGUCACCUUGUUAAUGACAGGCAGCGGCUGGGAUCUGAGGGGUGGGAGGGAGGAAUACAACAGGCCUGAGGAGAGGAAGUGCCAAAAUGCUUGGGACAUGACCUGUCCUGAGGCCAGAUAGGAACUUUAAAACCCAGUAUUCACCAUAGCAGGUAGACAGGCGGAGGAUGGCUGGGGAAGGAGGGUGUGGCUGAGUUUAGGGGCCUGGAGACACAUCUGCAGGACUUGUUAGUGUUGGGCAAGUGCACACAACUCAGCUGCCCCUUGCUGGUAAACCUCAGGAUUGGAACCUUAGGCCGGGCCACUGGAGACCUCCGACCCAGCAGCACUGGCUUACCUCGGGUGUCCUCGACUGGGGUGCAGUCAGAAGUCAGUGACUUCCUGUGAAAUGGUUGUUUCAGAUCAUAUUGAUCUCUUUCCUUUUGUCCUUUCACCAUAUGGUAUGACUUGAAUCAGUUUUGAUUCUCUGUGUAAGUUCUCAUCAUUUGGAACCUGGUGUUUCUGUUGUGUUCUUGGCAGUGCAUAGGAACCCAGCCUCCUGUGUUUUGACCCUCCUGCAGGCACUGUGGGACUAGAGGGCAGCAGAUCCAUCUCCCGUCCCUUGCUGCAUGAUGGUCACUACUGAUCUGUGAUGGCGUCCCUCCCUCAUUGAUUUUCUGUGUUUGAAGUAUGUGCAUAUGUGCUUUACAGAAUAAAAUAUCUGGAUUUA